ACUAAUAGGAAAUCUUUACUUUGCAAACCUAUAGUAUAGACAAGACAGCCAGCAAGAUCCUCCAGACUUCUGCCCAACAAGUAGCUGGAUGAUUCCUUUCUAAGAGUCCUAUAUAACAAGCAGAACCAUGAAUUUCCUGGAAGACGUCCCUUUCAAAAUGACCAUAAGCUUUGUAGAUGCUUCCAUGGGAGAGGAAAACUUUGUGCAUGCGCCUGAGUUCGAGAUGCCCAACUGUUCUGAUAUUCUCAUGUGCACAAUGCAUGAUUUUUCUUUGGAGAAGAAAGUGCUCUAUUGGAUAGAUUCUGCCUCUCGGGAAGGCAUUCGCUGGUAUCAAGUGACCACUGACAUUGUCCCAACAGCUCCUCCUUGUUGGUUGCUGCUGGUGGACUCCAAAGAAAACCUGUCUGAUGGUGACAAAGCACCUGGCAACAAAGUCAAAGGUAUGGCACCAGUCCGGAGAUGUGUGAGGCUGGUCACUGCAGCUGAGACAUUUAGGAACCAAAACCAGUCGACUGACCAGGUGGAUGAGGACUUCCAUCCUGAGGAAUGCUCAGAAGACGAGGAGCCUUCCUCAACCACCUCCGCUGAAAGCGAUGGAGAAGAAAGACCUCCGUCUGAUGACGCCAAUCCCAUUCCCAACACCUUGCCUCGAUUCCUAAGUCUUCCCCAGGGUAGACCAAAGACUUCCCCGGGGCCACUGUCCACCCCAGUGGAGAGCGACUGUCCAAAGCCACCUCUGCUCAAACAGCGGCAGUCCAUGUUUUUGUUCAGAAGCAUGAAGAAUGAGUUGGAAGGAGCCAAGAAAAAGUUGGCUGCUUUCAUGCACCCUCUGAACCGAACCUCAACAGAAUCCACCUUGGCCUCCAGAGCUUUCUCUCUCCAUCAACGCUCCCGGAGCAGCCGAAAUCUGAGAUAUGGACCUUCCUCGGAUCUAUCCCGGAUGGGGACUCUAACUCCCACGCCACCAUCUACUCCAUGUUGUAGCCCAAGGCCACUGACCGCUGCAGGGGUGGUCCCUCCGGUCCAAAAGCACAAGCCUACAAUCCCGUCCCUGAGCCCUUAUUCUUGCCUGCCGCCUCUGCCUGGCAUCCAACGACCGCUUGGUUCCCACAAAGCUAAUCUGGAUUCAACAACAGACUUGCUUUCGGCCCUCAGCCAAGAAGAGCGUGACCUCAUUGAGCCAGUUUUAGCCUUGGGCUACCCCAUACGCCGGGCGAUCCUUGCGCUCCAAAAGACCGGGAAACAAAGCUUGGGGCAGUUUCUCAGCUACCUCAGUGCCUGCGACAAACUUCUGAUACAAGGUUAUGAAGAGGCGCAGGUGGAGGAAGCCAUGGAAAUGUUCCAGAACUCUGAGAAGAAGGCCACGGAGUUUCUUCACCUCCUGGUGCAGUUCAACGACAUGGGCUUCCAACAAGCCGACAUCAAAGAAGUCCUCCUGCUGUGUGAGAACCACAGAGACCUGGCCCUUGAAGAGCUCAUGACGCGAACCCAAUAAACCUCGCUUUUCUCUGUAGCAAGCAACCUUUUUGCCAGUUCUAAGAACUAGCUGGAGGCACAUGUGCAGCUUUUGGGGUCCUACUUCCAAGUUCCAACUAAAAACUUUUCUGGACCAGCAAAACUCUAUCUAAUCCAGCACAUGGUUUCCAGUGACGUCCAACUGGUUGCCACUGGGAAGUACAUGAACAAGGCACUGAUGGCCAGACACUAUGAAGUAUAAUGUCUCUGAACAUGGAAAUGCUAUUUCAUGAACACUGGGAUACCUGUCUGGGUGGAUUUUUCUACCUUUUCUUAAAAGCAGCAUAUAAAUUAGUUACCAUCCCCACUUAUUGUGGCAGCAAACAUUGACAGAAGUAGAGUCAUUGUGCAAAUCGGUUCUGGUUGCAUUACAGCCUUGGCUUGACUCAAACCUAGUAGAAAGCUGUAGGAUAUAACAUGAAUCCAUAUUUUGCAGUCUGCGGUGUUGCAUCUGUCUGCACACAAAUUGGCACACCCUGAAAACAGAACCAGAUUAAGUAGUCCACUUUCAAGAUGCAUUUGUAGCAUAAGGUUAUUAUUUUAACGUUGCAAUCUUUUUCAGGCAGUGCUCUGAUGUAUUUUAACUUUAACAACCUCCGUUGAGGCUCAUAUAUGUUCCUGGACAUAGUGUACUGUAUAUAUGGUAUUCAAAUGGGUUUGUUUCUUCCGUCUGGUGACCAAUGGAAGCUUUUAUUUUGCAAGCUCUGAAAUGAUAUGACAUUUCCUUCAAAAUCCUAAAAAAACCUGCCUGUGUUCAGGUUCUAUCAUGGGAACGUCUUUAAACAAUUACGGUCUUCAGUGGCUGGCAUUUAAUAAACAGACAGGCAGUAUUAGUUCGAAGGCGAGAGAGAUUUCAUUUGCUUUGCUUUAUCUUUUAGUGUUCUGCAGUCUUGGAGAAAUGCAGCAUAGAAGUGAAAGAGAAAUAAAGUUAAGGCUUCAGUAAUUGUAAUUUGAUCAUUCUUGAUCUGUUAUUUCUCCUCUCUGAUAUAAUGACUUCUAUACAUGAGUAUAGAAGUAGAUUUGGAAAAAGCAGGGCUUGUGUUUUUUGCAGUUUCAUUUGAGGCUGGGGAGAAUUAACUUUGCUCAUUAAA